CUGAUUAGAAGACAAUGGCUAUGUCUUCUGGUUCAUGGACACUCCUGUGACUCUGUAAGCCAAACUCUGAUGAAAAUGCUGGAAAUAAUGUCUUUCACUGUAUAUAUCUUAUUUCCACAUCUGUGGAGUGGUGAGUUAUGUAGUAGAAUAAUCUGCAACAACAUAAUCAACCUAAUCAAGUUUUUUUUUUUUUUUUUUUAAUUGCAGGUCCAGCCAGAAAUCAAGAGAUGUGCAGCGCGUUUCCGUGGAGUUUCCCGACCGCUGUCGGAUAUUUUGCAGCAGCUGAAAAGGACAUGUUGCUUUUCUGUUCUCCCUUCACUGUGGACUCUGAUUGUGCUCCGUCUCAGUGAGCCGCCAUGGUGGUUUCAAAGCUGCUCCUUGAGACUCUGAACGAGAUGGGCAAAGAUGAUUUCGAAACCUUUCGGUGGUACUUCUACCAAGAGAACAUCUUGGACGGCUGCCAGCACAUUCCCAGGGGCAUUAUUGAAACAGCAGACCGGAAAAUGCUAGUGACCGAGAUGACUAAUAGGUACGGCGAUGAUUUGUCCGUGAAACUCGGUAUAUCGGUCUUGAAGCAGAUGGGAAACAACAGUGUUGCGGACAAGUUAAGGAUCAAACAUGAAGAGGGGUUAAAAGCUGCAUCCUGCUCCACCACCUCCCCAACUGCAACGCCUGCUGCCACUGUACCGCUGGCUACUGCUGGACCCACUGUAUCAGCCCAGGGAGGAAGUGUUGUCUUCUCUCCGAUAAUUACCCAUGGCUCCAAUGUCGGAACCGUGAACAUAAAUCUCACCACUCCACAAUAGAAGUAAUUUAACUGAAUGGAAUUACAUAUUUUUUAACUAUUUUACACAUUUAUCUAAUUCACAAAGUACGAUUCAGUGUUUAAUUGACGUGGAAAGGUCACAGUACCUUCACCUUUUAACUAUUUUCUCAGACCCAAGUAAUAGCCAAGUAUAAGGAAUCGUCUUUCAGAUCGCUUUAGUAUUUGUAAGCAGCAUAGAUACUUAACUAACAUUUUGAUAGAAAGCUUUUCUAAUCUGCUACAUUGGUAUUUCUACUGUUUUUAAACUAUUCAGAUUGUUAAACAUUUUAUAUGAUAUUGACCAAAGCCUGCUUUACUGUGAGCCUUCAUGUGAAUGUUGAUCUGUAGCGGCAGGGGUCUGCCACAUCAUACAAGGUCCAAGGUGCAGGAUGCACAAAGAUUAAUUUGAAAAAUGGAAGAUGCAGCUUGGGACUGUGUACCAAGAGACUUAACCAAGUAGCUGUGAAGGCUAAACAAUGGACCAAUGUCCAUUUGGGACAGCAGGACUGCAGCAGGGCUAUGACACACCAGGGAAAUUAAGUAUCGCUAAUACUUCUGCAGGUGUCGUAAAGCCCAUUUCAUGUUGUUUUAAAAGGAUAAACCUCAUCACUUCUGGCUUAGAUGUUUACAGCUUCCAUUAAAAGACCAAAGCCACAAGGUGCUACUCUCUGUCUUAAUACUUUCCAGUCUACUCAGUCUGUGGCUAAAUGGGUACAUUUGUCUCUACUAAAUUGUACAUCUUAAAAAAUAAAUGUUGUAA